CGAAUAGCCAAUCGGCGCGCGUGGCGUCGCCGUCGUUCUAUCGAGCUCGUUGGCACGCCCUACGACUUCCAUUGUCCUUCUUUCCGGGAUUCUCUGGCGAGGAAGGAUGGCACAGAACAAUUAUUUCGGCUUUACUCACGGCGGCACGCAAUAUGGGGCCACUAGCGCGGCAGCUUAUCAGACCGGCCAGGCGGGAUACGCGGUAACACCAGCGGCGACCGCCGCUACAUACACCCAACGACCCGCUGCAGCCGCUGCCACUGGUUACGAGACUUACCAGGCAGCUGCCGCUGCAGCCGCGACUGGGACAACGUACGCUGGUGUUCUUGUAGCCGCUAAUCCUGGUACUGUGGCACAAACUUACGAUUACGGCUACGGGCGGGCUGCGCCGGCAGCCACUUACGACGCCACCAAGACUUACUAUCAACAGCCAGCAGCCGCCGCAGCGACUUACACCACCACCGAGACCCACUAUCAAGCCGCGAAGCCUGCGUACAGUACGACCAGUGCUUACACGGGCACCGCGAGGCAGGCUACGACCACCGGCCAGGCGAAGACCUACCAGGCAUCUAGCACGGCUUAUCAACAGUCGAACCCAACUCAGAGCGCGACCUACUCGUCGGGAUACACCGCUCCGGCUACGCCCGCCGCUACUCCAUCGACUGCGACAAAUAAAACGGCGAGUACAACGUAUUCCGGCUACGACGCAGCGCUAUAUAGCGCUGCGACUAUGUAUGUAGCCCAACAGAGUGCAAACAGCAAUUCCACUAACCAGAAGACUGGAGGUUGGCAGGGCUACGGGCGGAAGGGGUUCGGAGCUGGAGGGGGAGGGAUGAAGGCAAUGCGGCCCAAGCAGCCCCCGAAGCCUCAGCAACUGCACUAUUGCGAUGUCUGUAAAAUCAGCUGUGCCGGACCGCAGACCUAUCGCGAGCAUCUCGAGGGGCAAAAGCACAAGAAGAAGGAGGCCUCGCUUAAGGUGCCUCAGCAACCACCGGCACGCGGAGCGGGCAACAGUCUACGCUGCGAGUUGUGCGACGUUACCUGCACCGGCAAUGACGCCUAUGCGGCUCACAUCAGGGGCGCGAAGCAUCAGAAAGUGGUCAAGUUGCACACCAAACUCGGGAAACCGAUCCCUAGCGCGGACCCCACCGUCCUGAACCCGAAACCCCAAGUCCCCUCGAAGGCUUCAGUCACUAAGAAGGCGACAGUGACGGCGACACCGAAAAUCAACUUCGUUGCUUCUGGGAACUUGGGCACGGUGAAUCAGAAUCAGACGGCCGAGAUCAAGUCGGAAGAGCCAGCCACCGAGGAAACCGUGGAGGAAGCGACGGUCGAUGAGAAGGACAUUCAACCGGUCGGCCAAGAAUACAUUGAGGAGAACAAGUCGGAAGACGGCAAGAUCAUCAGUUUCAACUGCAAACUGUGCGAGUGUCGCUUCAACGAUCCCAAUGCCAAAGAUAUGCACAUGAAAGGCCGUCGUCACAGAUUCGCUUACAAGAAGAAGGUCAACCCCGAUUUGGUUGUCGACAUGAAACCGAGCCUCAAGCAGCGCAAGAUGUUGGAGGAGAAGUUGCGCAGGCAGCAGAUACGGGACGAAUAUUUGCGCCGUAGGGAGGAGAUCAAUCAGUUGGGGCCGAUGGGACCUAUACAUGGAAUGGAGGAAGAUAUGAUGAUAUACUGGGAGGAAAGACGCCGUUACGAAGAAGAAUGCGAAUACUUCGAAUGGUAUCGGCGAUACGGACGCGGUCCGGGCGCGGCGCCGAUCCCACGUGGCCCCUUCGCCGGACCACCGGGGCCGAUGAUGAUGUAUCCGGGACCUCAGAGACGGCCAGACUCGUCGGAUGACAAGCACGUGUUGGCCCAUCACACGACCAUCUACCCGAAGGAGCAGGAAUUACUGUCGGUGCAGAAAAUAGUCUCGCACACCGAGAAGGCACUAAAGUAUGUGUCGGAUUCUUUGGCCGAGGCUGGCAAAAAGACGACUCCCGCGAAUUCAAACGCUAACGCGACGGCACCUGCUAAUGCCGCUGCGCCGCAGGCAAACGCGAAUGCGGACGCGUUGAAGAAGGACGAGGCGGACAAGAAGAAAGCGGUCACACCACAGAAGGAAGACGGCAGUGACGGGAAUCUGUUCUCGUUCCAAAAGGAGAAGGAGGAUUCUAGGAUACUCCGCGGAGUUAUGCGCGUCGGCAACUUGGCGAAAGGCCUGUUGUUGUCCGGCGACAACCACGUUUGCCUAGUUGUGUUGUGCGCGGAGAAGCCGACAAGGGCGUUGUUGAACAAAGUCGCCGAGAUCCUGCCCGGUGAGCUGAAGAACGUGGCGCCGGAGGACACCUACAACGUCGGGAAGCAUCCGGAGUCCGCGGCUCUAACCGUUUCAGGUGGCACAGUCACCGUAAGCGUGACGCUCACCAGCCCUCUGAUGCGCGAGACACCCAAGACGACCGCAGCAGCAGAUAAUGCUGGACAGCAGCAGCAGGAAGCUGCUCAACUGCAAACUACGCCCGCGGCCCCGACCGUGACGAAAGCAGAUCCUCCGGACGUACUUCCCAAGGCUAAGUGUUUGGAGGCUUUAGCUGCACUCAGGCAUGCCAAGUGGUUUCAGGCUAGAGCGACUUCCCUCCAGAGCUGCGUUAUGGUUAUCCGUAUAAUGCGCGACCUUUGCAAUCGUGUGCCCACAUGGGGUCCGCUGAAUCCAUGGGCAUUGGAACUACUGACCGAGAAGGUGAUCAGCACCGCCGGAUGUCCCUUGAGUCCGGGCGAAGCUUUAAGGAGACUCCUCGAAUGCGUAGCUGGCGGAAUAUUACUUCCAGGCAGCCCAGGCUUGUCCGAUCCGUGCGAGAAAGAGGCGGUGGACGCGAUAGGCAAUAUGACGUCUCAACAGCGCGAGGACAUCACUGCGUCUGCGCAGCACGCCUUGCGGCUGGUGGCGUUCCGGCAAAUUCACAAGGUCCUCGGGAUGGAGCAGCUACCGCCGCCGAAGUUCAAAGGACGAUUUGCGCGCAAGCGAAGACGCGACAACAGCAACGGCGAGGGUACGGACAGCGAGGCAUCGAAGAAGGACAAGAAGGCGGAGGAGAUCAAAAUGGAGACCGACUCCAAGUAGAUCUUAACCAAAAGAAUUCGUUUUACCGAGAAGUACCCGUUAAUUCUUACUGUAGAAAUAAGAAAAACAGUUUUCUCCCGCCGUGUCAAGUUGCUUGUAUUAGCGAGUCAUCGCGCCGGCCCGACGGUCGGAUGAUAAUCGUUGUAAUCUCGAGGUCGGGCGCAAUAAAACCAUCCGAGAGGAAUUAAUAAUAAAAAGUGAACUGGGAAACGACGAGGGCCACCGCUCGCGUAAUUUGCUAUUUUCGCGGCCUUCGUCUCUCUUCGUCUCUGCGUCCUCGUGACACAUCGCUCCAUGAUAAUGCUAAAAGGUCUCUACGAUGAUUCGAGGAGCACGCCGAGAUCACGUCGUCGUUGUUGUGAUGUAAUGUGUUUUCUCCGAUAGGCAAUUGAUGUAUACAGGUAGAAUUUAAUAGCACUAAUUGUCUGUUCGAGAAAGCGCACAUUGUAGAUGUAAAAAGAAGUGCUGCGCACUUUUUCGCAUAUUACGAUGCACAUAUACACACACAUAUAUAGUCGGGUGUGACUUGCGAACACGUGUAGAGUCGCCGUUUAAUAUUGCCAUGAAGGGAGAGUUUAGUUGUAACCGUUGGAUUUGAAUCGGCGAAUUACAAAAAUCGGCGGUUGUAAUCCCUUGACUCGGGCGCAUUGUGUCGUAAUUAUUCAGAUACAGCGUGAUGAAUGUUGCGAGCAGAGAGAGAGAAUUUUGAACAGAGAAAUGGUGAUGUGACGGACAUUUAUAAGUUUAAAGUUAAGAAUAGGUAAUAGAUUGUAUUGAGAAUUUGUGUGUAUGUUGUGUGUGUAGUCAGUGCAGAAAUAUCUAAACUACUUUUCCCUUGCGCUCCUGCACAAAAUGACAGACGGGCAUACGCUUUUAUCACGUGCGUUACCGGAUAAUUCUUAUUUGCGAGUCGACAAACUUAAAUGGCUUCGAUACCGAAUGCGGCGGAUGAUUGCACGUGUCCGAGUUUUUUUUUUUUUGUUUUCAUGAAACUCUAAGUAGUCCGUUUUGAAUUUCCCGCACGGAAUGAAGCUCGGAAAACAUUAACUUUGAACUUACGAACACACCGUUUAAGUGUUUUCUUUUCCUGACAUUAUGUAGAUUCUUCUGUUAUAUUUUCAAGUCAUUAUUGAAUAAAACAAACAUAUACCAGAGGGA